AUGGACAAGGACUUGGCGAUAGCGCAGUUUCAGUCCUUCACCGCCACCGAUGAUAUUGUGAAAGCAUUGGCGAUUCUUGAGAAGCACAACUGGAAUCUCGAAGCCGCGAUUUCUGAACACUUCAACCCGCCAGAAGUCGAAGAAGUUCGCCCAUCGCGGCCUCCAAGAGUCAGUCGCGAGAUCAAAUUCAUCAUCCACCUCUCUAACGGGCAAGACAAAGAAGUGCAAGUGGACGAAGAAGUCCAUGUUGGAACGGUGCUAGAAAUCGCAAAAAGCACUUGCAACUUACGCCCAGACGAUCCUGUGAAGUUCACUGGCUGGCCGAGUGGAGGACAGCCGGAUAAUGAUCUUCCUCUAAGUAUUCUGAACCUGCCAUCAGUUGUCAACCUUAUCCACAUCGACCCCUCUCCUGCCCCUCUACCAGCCACCAACCGACUUCGAGAAGAACGCAAAGACCGCCAUUUCACGCUCAAAAUCGCCGAUAUCGACCAGCAAGAAGACCACCAGCUCAAGUACCCCGGGCGUAAGAAAAUCGCCUCAAUCAAAGAAGACGUCUACUCAUUAACGCUCAUCCCUCCGAAUAGACAAAAAUGGAGAGGUUGGCCGAGAUCGUCCUCUGAUUCAAAUGCUCUGUGGGAACUCGAGUUGGAGGGCUACGAGCUCAUCCUCGAAGUUUCCGACACGCGCCCUGCUAUUCCUGCUUACACGCCUUCAAACAGACCUUCCACAAACCGCGCAACGACGAGCAGUCGUCAAGAAGCACCAGUGACGAUACACGACUCCGACUCGGAGGACACUGAUGAUGAUGACGAUGAUGAUGGCGAUGACUACGACGACUACGGAGACGCGUUUGAAGAACCAGAACCAAGCUCUUUUGGAAGGAGGAAUCAGGAGUGUCUAAUUCAAUCGAAUACGGACGACUGGAUCGUCGCAACGACAGAGCUUCAGGUGGAAUUCAGAAGACGUUUCGGCAACAAAGGCCCUCAAUUCUUCAUCGGAAGAUGCGAAGACGCAGCGGCAGAAGCGUACGGCAGCCGAGUCAAAGUGGCGGAUAGACGUCUCUUAGCAAUCUACAUCCACAACGAAAAGAGUAUAUCAGCCAACAUCUUCUGCUCGCAAAUCCUUUGCUCCCAACAAAUCAGCGAUUUCAUCAACGCGAACUGUGUCGCAUGGGCUUAUGAUAUGACCAACUACCUCAACAGAGAUCGUCUUUUAAAUACACUCGACCGAAUGUUCCAAAGCGGUAAUAUUACUUCGCAAAUUCGCCGAAUGUCGCCUGACCAGUUCCCCUUAUUUAUAAUUGGCACUGGCCGAAGUGCAUAUCACGAGGUCAUUAGCACUGAGAAAAGUAAUGCAACGCCCGCAUCUAUGCUCGACUCUCUAAUGAACUCGUUGACAAUCAACGAGACGCGAAAAGAAGACGAUAUCAAGGCAGAAAAUGAACGGCUCCAGCGUGAAAACGAAGUCAAGGAGCAAGAAUCAGCUUAUGAACAGACCUUGCGAGCCGAUAGAGAAAAAAUGGAAAAGCUGGAGGCUGAAAAACUUGCCGCCGAACUCGAGAGACAGAGGAUCGAAAAAGAAGAGCGGGAAAAUCUUCGGAAACAACAACAAGCUGAGGACAAUCUUCCGCCAGAGCCUGCUGCUGGUACAGCAGGGAGUUGCCAGCUUCGAUUCCGGCUUCCCGAUGGACGAGUCUUGUCCAGAAGAUUCAUGGAAAGUGAUCGACUUGCUGUGCUAUUCCUCUUUAUUGGUGCUGAGGGCUUCCAUGAGUCCGAUCACCGACUUAUUCGACAAAUACCCAGAGCUGAUAUCUCAGCGCUGAAAAGAACAAAGACGCUCAAGGAAGUCGGACUCAAGCAAGACAACCUCGUCGUCGAAGCCAACGUCGAGAGCGAAGAAGAUGAAUCGGACGAUUCUGAAAUGGAAGAAUGA